AUGGGUCAUGUACAACUUACAAAAAGGGUAAAGACUAUCGGAUGGGACCCAGUCAGAAUCGUGUCCCCCAACUUCAUCUUUGUCGUCAACAUCAUCUUCUACAUCAACAUCAUCUUCUUCAACAACAUUAUCUUCUUCAUCAACAUCAUCUUUUUCAUGUCCCCUAUCUCCAACUCCUUCAUCAGUGUCAUAUUCUUCGUCAUUGAAAUCUUCCUGAAUUACACAAGUUCAAAUCAGCGCUUGCUGAGCGUGGAAGAAUUCAACGGCUUGUCAUCAAUAGUGUCAAGUAGAGAUCCAGACUCCAUUGCAAACGUCAUGUGGGGGAUAAAACCCAUACAGAGUGCAGUGAAGCACUUGAGUCUGGCAGAGGUGAAAGCAAACUGCUGCAGUCUGCAGCGUUGUUCCAUACUCAGGAAAUGCGACUUCUCAGAUCAUUCCAACUUCAAUUGGAGAGACAUCCUCCAGGAGAUGGAUAAACAGUGUCCAUUUCUACUUGAUGUCCUUGUGACAACAGCUAGUGAUGAUUCACAUGUCUUCGAGGAUGCCAAAGUACCGGUCAUCUGCAUGGUAUAUGGAAUGCUGUUGUACCAGAGGAGUUGUCGCAUUGGAAGACUGCAGCAGCUGUUCACGAUCCUUUUAAGUAGAUCAGCAGCCAAGAAGGAGAUCUACAGGGAGUUUCAGCGGGUGGGAGUAUGCCAGUCCUUCACACAAAAAGAUGUGCUGCUGAACAAAAUCGGUGGUCAUUUCAACGAGGAAGCAAUGGAACUGGUCAAGAAGGGAAGCAAAUUCCAGAUUAUUGGAGAUAACUUUGACCUCCGGGUUCUGCGACAUGACAUGACGAAGGAUGCAAAGAACAUUGACUUACAUUACUUUGCAAGCACCAUUGUAUUUGACAGGAUAUCAUUUGAACAACUGCCUGAUGACAAACCAACCCGACCACUCCAGCAGUGUCCCAUCUCAUCUUUCGUGCCUAACGAGGAUGAAAUCAACACACUGAAGAAGAGCUACAAGAUUCUGGUGGCAAGAGACAUUGUCGAGUGCUGUCCUGCAUUGGCUUUCAUGAAGUCGGUCAUACCACAUCACAUCAAGCACAAGUACAGUGACAUUACAAAGGAGAAGAGUGCCCUGUUUACCCAAGAGAUUCUCCCAUGCAACGAGAAUAACUAUGGGGAAGUGGUCCAGAUCCUUAGCAGAUACGAAGAAUGGGUCCAUAAUAUAUUUCGAAAAGAAUCUGCAACUCCACUGGUUGAAAAGCAAACUGAAGUAAGUGUGAACAAGUUAGACGCAUGUUUUGAAAGUAAAAUCCUGCUGUCUCAUACAAAUGGAAUAAUCACCGGCCAUGGAGAUGGGGAUGCGGAUUUCUGCAUGUUGGGAGCUGACGAGCUUACUUUCCAUGAUCAUGUCCAUACCAAAGAUCUACAAGACGAGGGUGUUGGCAUCUGUUCAGGCACUGACAACUAUGUGUUACAGGAAACUGGAGCAAAGUCUGAUACACCAGCUUCAUGUCCGAAUGUUCAGUCAAGACCAGACCAGCCAGGAUCUCAUAUGAUGCAAGUGGAUCCAGCUGAUCCGCUACAGCACGUCCACAUUCCUGUUGGUGGUGACCAGCUGACAAGAGUCCGGCUUGCCGGGGCAAAGGAUCUCAGGGCUGGAGUUCACACUGCAAGACAGCGGUUCGAUCAUCUGUACCCCUUCAUCUGUGAAAUUUGGCAUGCUAAAAAGGCUUUUUUGAAUGUACGUUUUGGAUUAUGCAUUUUCCUGUACUUUCCAAAAAGCACCCAUGACAACAAAAUUUGCAGCCUUCCUGACCUUGUUUUAGAAGUUUUCUGAUUUUUGGAUAGAAACAAAAAACGUACAUUUUGUAGAUGAUGAUGUUCCUUCUCUCAUUUUUAACCCACUUAAAUUCUUAACAAUGUUCUGCAUUUAUCUUCAAAUCAAGUUGAAUCCUCAAUCCUAAUUGGUUAGUUUAUAACAAUGGUGGCGAUAUAAUCCCAAAAUAUCACUGCCCAUAUCACUCUAUAUCAUGCAUACAUGUGAUUACGAUAACCACAGCAAAGCUCAUGUUCAGUGUGCAUAUAAUAUGUACUAUUUUUGCUUGAACUGAAGAUGAAG